ACAUUCCUGAGCUCUGCUCAAAUUUCCUUAAAUCUCCGUCCUGCUUUUCUUUAUCUGCGAGCCAGACUGCUGUUCUCUGCCCUCUUCAAAACUGCAGCCUUCCAGAAUGAUGUUUAAAAGUAUCCCUGUAUUUAUUCUGCUUGCCAUCGCCUGCGCGUAUGCUGAGCAGGAGAUGAAGAGCAAGUCCAAGAUUUGUGCCAACGUGUUCUGCGGUGCUGGAAGGGAGUGUGCUGUGACAGAGAAGGGGGAGCCCACCUGCCUCUGCAUUGAGCAAUGUAAACCCCACAAGAGACCUGUGUGUGGCAGCAAUGGGAAGACCUACCGUAACCACUGUGAGCUGCACCGUGAUGCCUGCCUCACAGGCCUAAAGAUCCAGGUCUCCCAUGACGGACACUGUGAAGAGAAGAAAACUGACAAGGCAGCAGCAAGCCCAAUUGUGUGUUACGUGGCCGAUCGUAAUGAGCUGCGUAGCCGUGUCAUUGAGUGGCUGGAGACUGAAGUUGUCCCCGACGGCUGGUUCUCCAAGGGCUCCAACUACACUGAAAUUCUGCACAGAUACUUCAAGAACUACGACAAUGGGGACUCCCAUUUGGAUUCAAACGAGUUCCUGAAGUUCAUUCAGCACAACGAGACAACUGUUAACAUCACCAAUUACAUGGAUGAGGAGAACAACAGGCUUCUCAGGAGCCUAUGUGUUGAUGCCCUGAUUGAACUCUCUGACGAGAAUGCCGACUGGAAAUUGAGCUUUAGUGAGUUCCUCAACUGCCUGAAGCCAGGGUUUAACCCCACUGAGAAGAAGUGUGCUCUUGAGGACGAGACCUACGAAGAUGGAGCAGAGACUCAAGUGGAGUGUAAUCGCUGUGUCUGUGCCUGUGGAAACUGGGUGUGCACUGCCAUGACCUGCGAUGCUAAGGAUAAGAAGGACGUUCCUGAGGACACAGACCUGACUGCACAGGAGGAGAUGACUGAGGAGGAGUGGACCCGACGUGUGGAGGAGCUCAAUAAGCACCAGGAAACAGUCGAGAAGUCCAAGAAAGUCAACACCAAAGAGAUCUAAAUAUGAAGAAGCUGAAAGAGGAACACAGGAGCAUCAUCCAUCGUCCCAUCCUCUUGUAAGGAAGAGCGAGCGAAUGCUUACAUUUUCCUCUGUAUUUGAAAGAAAAACAUGCUGUUGUUUGAUUUUGUAUUAUUUUUUUUAAAUAUAUAAAUGGGGUAGUAAUCCAUGUGUGUUUAUGUAAAGCACAGUAAUUCAUGUAUCACUGCAAAGCUUUGUGAGUACAUUAAGAGCUACAGAAUACAGAUUGUCAAAAGAAAUUGCCGUAGAUUAAAUCUUCUGAAGGGGGGAAAAAGAGAAGUAGCUACUAAGUGAAAAUACAGUCUAGAUACCUCUCCCACUUUGCAUGAGCUGGUAAAUAUGUGCCAUGGCACCAGUGGGUUAACAAAGGGCAGAUGCGUAGAAGAUAGAGGACUUAUUAACAUCUUACUCAUAGGUUGCAUUGUAGAUGAAAUCUUGUAAGAAAAUAUAUUUUAACACUCUCAUAAAGAGCCAUUGCAAAAAUACAUUGUAACAGUGUUAAUAUCUAAUCAUAAUCUGUAACUAUAAAUUACUUAAUAGAUUAUGCUAUAUAUAACCACUUACAACAGAUACCAAAGCUGAAGUGUUAAAAGAUAGCACAGUACACUCGUCUUGCGACUAAGCUUGUGGUGUGGUUAAGAGUGGCAAAAUUAAUUUUUCUGUAAUGCUCAUUUGAAACAGACACAGGUUUAGUAUAUGUCGUUAUAGGUCCAUAUAAUAUUACAAAUAGUAUACAUGAACAUGUGUUAAAAUAAAUUAAGUCUAUGGGAUGCUUUAUUUUAAGUGGGCAUUUGAUAAGGGAGACAAGAUUACACAUCCAGCAUCUAAUACAUGCAUAUGCAGAAAUAUAUUCAUGUAUAUUUCACAAAUACAGAAAUGAGGUAGUAAUCUAUGUGUGUUUUAUGUAAAGCACAAAAUCAAUGUAUCACGUUUUGUUUUUGUCACUUGAACAAGAUUUACAUCAUGUUGUAUUAUUUAGAAGGUUAUUACUAAGUUAGGAUCAUGGUUUUAAUAGAAUUAUUGGAAGUGUCACCAACAAAAGUCUUUUCCAAUGUACAUGGCUCUCAUUUGACAUUUCACAAAGGUGCUAUAUUUUUAUUGUAUGAUGCAUUUUGUGUAGCUUUUUUAUAUAACUUUAGUCUUUUUUUUAUUUAAAUUUGAUCGUAUCUUGGAGGGCAAUCCUAAAAAAAUACAGAAAAUGCACAUGUUUUAUCUUUGGUGGGUGUUUUGCUUUAUUUCAAUUAUGUACACACUUUUGUUUAACAAGCCCCAUUCUUUGGUUUGAUUUCAAGUUAGUAUUAGAUGGUGUUCAUGUAUAAAUCACCUAGCAGCCAUAACAGAGUGUUACAUUUUCUGUUUUAGACUUUUCUUGUUCAAGAGCAGUUUUCAGCAUAUGAGGUGUCUACGAUAGUGUGUGAAAAUACAUUUUUGAUGGUGCUAUUUGCUCUUGAAUGACCUGCUGUCUGUAACUGCAGUUAAAGGAAUGUUCAAAACUUUAUGCAGCUCUGACUUAGCUGAAGUAAAAGCAAGUGUGCUUUGCUGGAAUAGAAACCGAAGCUUGUAACAACACAAUGGUUGAGUUUGUAUCAGCUAUGAGACAUAGGUUUACAUGCACUGGCAAUUUACCAUAUAAAACAGAAAUGAUGGGUUAAAUGCAAGUAAGAGGCUUAUGUUGGUGGACAACCACGACUACUGACAGUUGAUUGGUCUGGUAGGUUAGAAAAAUAUGGGAAACUAUAUGUUAAUUUUUGUUACGACUAGUUGGCACAUUUUAAACAAAUCUCACCUCAUAAAACUAACUGCUCAAGUUGGAACCAAAACCUGAUGUGUGACUUGUUAUCUGGUAUUACUGUACUAUUCCAGAUAUUUCAUUACUCUGGACCCAGCAACAACGAUAUACCUGUUUUACAAGAACUAGUAUCAAUGGACAUGACAUUAUUUUACAGUUUUGAGUUUCACCACCCUACCCAUUAUUGCAGAAUCAGUGCCUUAAAAUAUAACGUAAAAGCAAAGGUAUUAAACAAAGAACUCCUUCAGUGUGUUUUAACACCUAGAACCAAACUAGCCGGCAUAGCUGUAGUUUUUUCACCCUGCAAUUGAUCAAUCUAGCAUUGAGCACAGCACGAAGCUGGCAGCAAAUCUUUGUAACUUUGUUUUUGUUUUGUUUUUUACAUUUUGUUUUUUGUCACUUGAACAGGAUUUACAUUGCAUUGAAUUCUUUAAAAGGUUAUUACUAAUUUAGUCAGGUUCACUUUUAUUUUACUACUUGUAUUUUUUUUCACAAAUUUUUGUUAUACAUGCCAAUAAAAUGUCUUGAUAAAAA